UUUCCGGUGCGCCGUGUCUCUUUCUCUGUGGCUGAAUGUGAAAGGAGUUAGGCGAACGAGACCUCCUGUCUAAAUCCGACUCCAUCAUCCCUGAAAGGCACGGUUUAUCUUCGCCAAAAUGACCGAGCAGAUGACGGUGAGGGGGACCCUGAAGGGCCAUAACGGUUGGGUCACCCAGAUCGCUACAACACCGCAGUUUCCCGAUAUGAUCCUGUCUGCGUCCAGAGAUAGGACCAUAAUCAUGUGGAAGCUGACCCGUGACGAGACCAACUAUGGCAUCCCUCAGAGGGCGCUGCGCGGGCACUCGCACUUCGUGAGCGACGUGGUCAUCUCCUCCGACGGGCAGUUUGCCCUGUCCGGCUCCUGGGACGGGACCUUGCGUCUGUGGGACUUGACCUCAGGCCAAACGACCCGGCGGUUUGUCGGCCACACCAAGGACGUCCUGAGCGUCGCCUUCUCCGCCGAUAACCGGCAGAUCGUGUCCGGCUCCCGGGACAAGACCAUAAAGCUGUGGAACACCCUGGGGGUCUGCAAGUACACCAUCCAGGACGAGAGCCACACCGAGUGGGUGUCCUGCGUGCGCUUCUCCCCGAACAGCAGCAACCCCAUCAUCGUCUCCUGCGGCUGGGACAAGAUGGUCAAGGUGUGGAACCUGGCCAACUGCAAGCUGAAGACCAACCACAUCGGCCACACGGGAUUCCUGAACACUGUCACCGUCUCUCCCGAUGGCUCUCUGUGCGCUUCUGGUGGCAAGGACGGUCAGGCCAUGCUGUGGGACCUGAACGAGGGCAAGCACCUCUACACCCUGGACGGAGGCGACACCAUCAACGCCCUCUGCUUCAGCCCCAACCGCUACUGGCUGUGUGCCGCCACCGGGCCCAGCAUCAAGAUCUGGGAUCUUGAGGGCAAGAUCAUCGUGGAUGAGCUGAGACAGGAAGUGAUCAGCACUAACAGCAAGGCGGAGCCGCCCCAGUGCACUUCCCUUGCCUGGUCUGCUGACGGACAGACCCUGUUUGCUGGCUACACUGACAACUUGAUCAGAGUCUGGCAGGUUACCAUCGGCACCCGCUGAAAAAAAUACCUCCCCGUCGACAACAAGAGAACUGCUAUGAACUGUUGAAUAAAGCCUUGAAUAAAAAAGGAAAACAAAAAAAAAACUGAA